CUCAGGAGCCUCAAUUCCCCAAAUUACCCCGCCGCCGUGCCCCAAACCGUCGACCACUCCCUCCUCUUCGCAAUUGGCGUCGGAAUCAACCCUUGCCCGACCUGCGUCAACGGGACCAAGACCGUCGCCGACAUCAACAACGUCUCCUUCUUCCUCCCCACCGUGGCUCUGCUCCAGGCCCAUUACUUCAAAUUGCAGGGGAUCUUCACCGACGAUUUCCUGGUGAACCCACCGUCGCCGUACAAUUACACGGGGAACCCGCCGGCGAAUAUGCAGACCACGAAUGGAUUCAAUUUCUUCGUGGUGGGGAAAGGAUUGGGGAAUUUCGGCAAGGGUAAAGAAUUUCAUCUGGGUAUGGGUUUCGGUUAG